CUCAAUGUAAUUUAGCUAUUUCCGCAGUCGCACUGGGUGCGCCGUCCAUGUACAGUUGUCAACGUGUUAAAUUGCCUAAGAAGUUCUAAAAAAAUACAUGAAUACUCUUGAAUCUUUCUAAAAUCGAACCCAUAAUUAUUUGAGUACAUAAGUUAUUGUAUCUUAUACUAUGCAUUAGUAUCUGAACGAAAACGCUAGAAAACCAUGUUUUGACCUCAAUUUCAAGAAGUAAAAAAUGUGCUAUACUGAAAAACAAAUUACCAUGGAUUGUUGUCAUGGACACCCUAAUGUUCAAGAAUAAUUGAGUUUUGAUCGUUUCUGCCCCAAACUAUAAUUAUUGGAUAGCUUGGAAAUGCACAAUUUCAAAGAGAUGCAAAUUAAUGAUUUUUAUGAAAAAGAAAUCGACAAACAUUUUUUAUUGCAAAAAUAAUAUUAUCUUUAAGCAAACACGAAAUUAGAAAUGAAAACUAACACUAACUAAAAAAAAAAUUAAAUGCUCUUUUGGAAAAGAAUGCUUAUACCUGUUGUUUGGACAUAAAGAAAUCAGUCAAUUAAGACAUUGAUUUACACACUUUAAUGCACCAUUAGAAGUCUUUUAAAUAAAAAAAAGAUCAAAAAGACUUUUAAAUCCCAAGUUUUACUCAGACGUCGGUUGCACUGGGUCGUUUUUGUCCCCUCAAGUUUAAAACGCUGUAGCUCAAGAACAAAUGGGUGGAGGACGGCCAGAACUUACCUGUACGAAGUUUUUUUGGAAAUGGAAGCUGCGCCUUAUUCCUUUUCGGUUUGUCGGGAAUUCCCAAGUAUAAUUCUGCUUGGGACAAAUUGACCUAGUGUGAUUGCCCAGGGUGGACAAAGUGCAAAGAUGCAAUGAAUGCCAGAGGUCCUGAUGGAACUUCGGAACUCUUCCGAAGAUUAGCCAAACAGUGGGACGGCCAUUUUGCAGCGAGCAUUUUAUGGAUGCAAGGAAGAAACCCUGUCAUGCAGCCAUGUACAGAUUCUGAUGUUAAUGGUAAUGUCCUACUGUGGAAUGGAGAUGUUUUUAAUGGCAAUUUGGCAAGCGAUACAGAGUGUGAUACAACGACACUGCUAAAAAGGUUCAGUUCUUCCCAAAAUGUUGUCGCAACACUGUUGGAGGUCCAGGGACCUUAUAGUUUUAUAUACUUCAAUAAGUCAGACAAUUGUUUGUACUUUGGGCGAGAUUCGAUCGGUAGACACAGUCUAUUAAUAAAAUUGAACGAGGACAAGACUUUGCUGACAUUGUGCUCUGUUGGGAAUAAAAAUGUGAAAAAUAUCACAGAGGUACCAGCAAUUGGAAUAUUUGUAACAAACUUAAACUGUGAAGAGUUCAAUUUGACUUGUUAUCCAUGGAAAGAACCAAAUCUUAGGUUCACAGAUAUUAUCGAAGAUCUUGAGACAAGUUUGAACAUGGAUAUUGAUGUAAAAGAAACCAUUGUCAAACCAGAAAUUGAUAAUUCAAUUCUAUAUCUAGAUCCAGAGAUCAAAGAUGUCCAAUAUCUCAAAAACAUUGAUUACAAUCAAAAUUUCAGUCAAAUAAUGGAACAGCUGUUAGAAAACAAGGAAGUAUACCAAAGAGUGGAAAACAUUUUAAGGUUUCUGAGAAGUUCUGUCGAAGUUAGAGUUAGAAAAAAACCUAACUACUGCAGGAAUUGUAUAAGCUUGUAUCUGAAUGGUGAAGAAGUAAACUGCAAGCAUGCCAAAAUUGGUAUACUUUUCUCAGGUGGAUUGGAUUCUGCAAUUUUAGCUGUUAUCGCUAAUCAAUUUGUCCCAGAAAAUGAAGAAAUUGAUUUAAUUAACGUUGCUUUUGAGAAAAUAAAGAAUCCAAAUUCAAAUUGGACAAAGGAAGCUGCCACUAUCAAUUACGACGUACCUGACAGAAAAACAGGCAAACAAACUUUUACUGAACUUGAAAGGAUUUGUCCUAAUAGAAGGUGGAACUUUAUACAGGUAAACGUAAUGCAAGUAGAGCUUCAGAAUUAUCGUUCCAAUCAUAUUUGUAACCUCGUUUAUCCAUUGCGCACUGUAUUGGAUGAAAGCUUGGGGUGUGCUGUAUGGUUUGCCAGCAAAGCUAAGGGUGUGCUGAUGCCAACUGAAAUACCAUAUGAAUCUUCGUGCAGAAUACUUCUCCUUGGUAUGGGAGCUGACGAACUAUUUGGAGGAUACAUGCGGCACAGAACGACAUUAAAGCAUAAAGGUUGGGACAUGCUAGCACAGGAAUUAAGUGUGGAACUAGAAAAGAUAUCUGAACGAAAUUUAGGAAGAGACGACAGGGUUGUAUCUGACCAUGGAAGGCAAUCUAGAUUGCCAUACUUGGAUGAAAAUUUUGUCAAAUAUGUCCAGACCCUCAAGCCAUGGGAAAGGUGUUACCCAACUGAUCAAAUGCCAGUUGGAUUGGGUGAUAAACUUCUUUUACGACUAGUUGCACGUCGAAUUGGUCUCCAGAGCGCGGCUAAUUUUCCGAAGAGAGCUUUCCAGUUUGGAUCGCGCAUUGCUAAUAGUAAAGAAAAUGCCAAAGAUGUAUCCGAUAGGUUGUGAACUGUAAUUAAUAAAUAGUUACUUUUAAUCGCUAAACAUAAUAUCACAAUAAUUCAUCAUUCGCGUACAUCAAAUGUCAUGCCAUUUUUGCAAUGUUUAUGAUAAACCUCGAUAAUCAAAUGUAAUACACUACAUUAUUAUUCGUAGGUAUAAAGGCUAAACCAGGGUUAUUGCACUAUAGGCUACCGAUGUGUUUCUUGUGAAAAUUUACGACGGAAACGUUUCUUACUUCUUAUGGGAAAUUAGUUGUUUGUGAAUUACAGUCUUUUGAAAUAGGCCAAUCCGGUAGCUUGUAACGGCUCACAACAGCUGUAGAGUGCAUCAUCAUGAAAUGAUAAUCUGUCAGCCCUGUUCUGAGCCAUCAGAUGUUACCGGAUCGGCCAGUUUUAAACAGCUGUAUUCGCAAAUAAUAAAUGUCCCAUCAGAAGUAAAGCGUUUCAGUCAUAGAUUUUCACAAGGAAUACAUUGGUAGCCUAUGAGGCAAUGGAUUGGGGUCACCCUACAUAUUUUCGUAGUAUUAUGGAACAUUUUAAAUGUAAUUUUUUAUAUUAUGCACAUGUAUUUAAUUUAUUGCAUAGA